ACAGUGUGUAGAGUAAUGUCAAGUCGUCAUUUAAUCAAUAACAAUUACUGUAAAUUAUUAGUUGUUUUGUUACUGAAACUAUCAUUUUUAUUAUUAAAAAUAACAGAGGGAGAUAAAGGACAAUAAAUGUUUCGACCUAUCAAAUCGAAAUUUGUUUACUGCUUGUCAGUUGUUGUUUGCCUGACAUUGUUACUAGUUAUUCUCAAAAUUCGCAAAUAUGACGUUACUGUAAAUAAUUUAAUGAUUAAAUUUGAAGAUAAAUUACCUAAUAGACUUACUAGGCAAAUUAUCCCACAAGAUAAGAGCAACGAAACUGCUCUGCAGAAAAGUUCCUGGGAUACGAUAAAUGAAGAAAUCGCCAAAAAAUAUUAUAAUGACGUUUAUUUGAAAUUCUGCAAUAAAAUCGUGGACUCUUACGAUAUUUCCAGUAACGUUUGCGAUUGCGAUCCGGAAGAGAAAGAACAUAGAUGCAAAAUUGAUUAUAAUGCAAAAAAUGAGGAUUGGUCCAUUAUUAAUAAAAGACACGCAAUUAUUUCACAUGGAGGAGAAUUCAAGCCCACAAACUGUAAUUCCAUUCAGAAAGUUGCUAUAGUGAUCCCUUAUAGAAAUAGAUUGGAACAUUUAAAAAUUCUCAUCAAUCAUUUCCAUAGAAUAUUAUCGAAGCAAAAUAUUCAUUAUAAAAUUUUCAUCGUUGAACAGGCUCAUCCUUUUCUCUUCAAUAGAGGUGCAAUGAUGGAUGUAGGUUAUUCUGAAGCGAAAGCCAACUUUGCCCCCGAUUGUAUUAUAUUCCACGACGUUGAUAUGAUACCAGAAGAUGGAAGGCAUAUGUAUAAUUGCCUCCAAUCACCAAGACAUAUGGGUGCUUACCUUAACAAAUACAAAUAUAUUCAAAUCUACCAAACCCUUGGAGGAAUUCUAGCUAUGAAAACUACCGACUUUGAAAGGGUCAAUGGAUUUCAUACACUUAUGUAUGGUUGGGGUGAUGAAGAUGUAGAUAUGAUGAUUAGAUGCAAAAAAGCCAAAUAUACAGUUGUCAAGUGGCCAGUGCCUCUUUCUAGGUACAUAAUGAUCAAACAUGAAAGAGACGUAGGCAAUCCACUUAAUAACUUCAGAAAGUCGUUCCUAUCGCAUUAUUCUGGACGGCAUAAGCUAUCAAGUCAAGUGUAUGGUAUAUCAUCGUUAAAGUACAAUGUUAAUUGGGUUAAACAGAAUCCAUUGUUUACACACAUAUCAAUAAAUUUAACUAUAUACAUAAACUCUUUCUACAAUAAAAAGAAAGCCUCUUGCAAUAUAAAGGAGGCGGGAGGCUCCUAUAAAAACAAUCUUUCAGACGAAGAUUGUGCAAUCACCUGUUUCAACGAAGCACUCUGCUAUGGAUUUCUUAGAUUGGGUAACGUUUGUUAUACAUUUUCAAAGUUUUGUCCUCCUGAAAGCGACCAACCAACGGUUUUCUAUUACGAAAGAAAGAAAUCAGAUUUUCAAUCUUUAAACAAGUUCCGUAGAAUUAAAGGAAGUUGUGUCCAUAAGAAUUUUGGACAAGCUAGUCAAUACACAAUCUUUGUGUGUUCGGAUUUAUGCUUACACGAUAAGCAAUGCCAAUCAUUUACAUACGAAGCGAAAUCUGCUUAUCCUUGCCAAAGAAAGAAAGUUAAAUGUUUGAAAAGCUCUAUGAAAAUGGUUACAGGAGCCAUUACAUUUGUUAAGAAAUAG